CGCCCCGGCCCCGCCCCGGCCCGGCCCGCCUGCCACCUCGGAAGGGUUAGAGUCGGGCAGCCGCGCGCCCUCCUUCCCCUGGGACCCCCGGACCCGGACAGCCCCCGUUCCAGGCUUGGAAGCCUGAGGCAGAGCCGCGGUCGGGCUGUGCGGGCCCAGGAAGAAGGGGGGAGGAGUGGCCCCCCUGCUUCAGUGCGUGCGGCGGGGGUCCGGCGGGGGGGGGGGGGGGUCCGGCGGGGGGCCACCCUACCUCACGUCGGGGCCGCCGGGAGCCGAGCCCGGGUCUGGGGAGGGCGGCUUCCGGCCGGCCCUGCGCCCCCCCGCCCUCGCCGCGGGCCCGAGAUGGAGGCCGACCCCGCCGUGUUCAGCGCGGGCGCCCUGCCCGAAGACCCGCGGCUCCUGGCCCCGGUGACGAACGCGUACCUGGGCACCCAAGUGUACCGCGACGUCCUGCACGUGAGCGGCGUGUACAGCGGGGCCGGAGGGAACCCGCAUCGGGCCGACCUGCCGAGCCCCCUCAACGUCCGCCUGGGGGCGCCGGCCCGCCGCGGGGCCCCCCCGCAGGAGACCUUCACCCUGGACACCCGGACAGGCACUUUCCUCCAUAGCCUCCGGGGCGCGGACUUCUGGGCCUCGCACAGAAUCUACGCCCACCGGACGCUCCCCCACCUGCUGGUCUCCAGCGUGUCCGUGGGCCGAGCGGGCCCCGGGCCCGUCACUGUGACCCUCCAGGCCGAGUUCCAGCCCCGCAGCCCGGACCUGGCCCUGCGCCUGGGCCCAUUGGGGCGCUCGGUGAGUGGGGGCGGGGGAGGGGGGGGCGGGGGGGGGAGCAGAGGGGGCAUCAGGGCGGGGGCGGGGAGCAGAGGGGGCAUCAGGGCCGGUUUUCCGCCUCCCCUUUCCGAGGGGGGCCCCGGACCACUCCCCCCUGGCUUUCCCGCCCGGGUUUUCCCCCCUGGGGGUCCGGAGCUCCUGGGGUCCGCACGGGGCGGGGCCCCCCCCCGGGGGCUGGGCUUCCAGGGUGCCAAGUUUGCCUGGGAAAGUGCCAGCUCUGGCAGGGAAGUCUGCCCCGAGGAGGUUUAUGGGGCCCAGGAGAUCCACAUCAACGGGGCCGUGGGGCUGGCCUUUCAGCUCUACUACCAGACCACCCAGGAUCAGCGGCUCUUCCAGGAGGAGGGGGGCUGGGAGCUGGUCAGUGCCAUGGCCGAGUUCUGGUGUAGCCGGGUCACCUGGUGCGCUGAGGAGCAGAACUACCACCUUCGAGGAGUGAUGCCCCCGGACGAGUACCACACUGGCGUCAAUAACUCCGUCUACACCAAUGUCGUGGCCCGGACCAGCCUGCAAUUCGCAGCAGAUCUGGCCAGAGACCUGGGCCGGCCCGUCCCCGAGCUGUGGGCAACGAUCGCCGAGAAAAUCAAGGUGCCUUUCGAUCCGGAGAGAAAUUACCACCCCGAGUUCGACGGGUACGAGCCUGGAGAGACCGUAAAGCAGGCCGACGUGGUGCUCCUGGGCUACCCAGUGCCCUAUGAGCUGAGUCCCGACGUUCGGAGGAAAAACCUGGAGAUCUAUGAAGCGGCCACGUCCCCUGAGGGCCCUGCCAUGUCCUGGAGCAUGUUUGCUGUGGGAUGGCUGGAGCUGAAGGAGCCGCGGAAGGCCCAGGUGCAGCUCGGGAAAUGCUUCCACCACAUCUCGGAGCCCUUUAAGGUGUGGACUGAGAACGCCGAUGGCUCAGGCGCCGUGAACUUCCUGACGGGAAUGGGGGGCUUCCUCCAGGCAGUGCUCUUUGGGUACACCGGGUUCAGGAUCACUAGGGAAGGACUGGCCUUUGAUCCCACCUGCUCGGCAGAGAUCUCAUCCCUGCGGGUCCCAGGGAUCUCCUACUUGGGGAACAAGCUCUCCUUCUCCUUCUCAGCUGACACGGUGACAAUUGCAGUGACAGCCACAGCGAAGGAAGGGUCCCCUCCAUUGGAGGUUGAGCUGAGACCAUCUGCAAAGCGGCUUCCCCUGCCUGUGGGACACAAGGUCUCCUUCCCCAUCACUGCUGGGAGGAUCCAGAGACGGCCCUUGUAGGAAACCAGGAAGUAAGACCCGCCCCCAGGAGCUCCCACGGCGGGGAGGAGCCUCCAGAUCAGCCCCCUCCCCCAUCCCCACUGGGCCAGGAGCUGGGGUACUGUCUGUCACUGGUGCUUUGCUCCCUUCCCACCCGGCCGCGGCCUCUGCCUCAGCGCCUCCCCCACCCUGGUGGGGAUCGGGCCUGUGCCUCCUUCAAGGGUCCCAGCCUCUCCUUCCCAGAUCCAUCUGAUACAGGCUGCCCAAGGCGUCCUGCAGACCCAAACCCUCCCUCCGAUGCCUGACUAUGGCAUUCAAGGCCUCGAUUCUCCUCCAGCGCGCUGGGAGCCUAGGUCACUGCUCCUGUGCCUCUCUUGUGCCCUCGAUCCACGUUCCACCUCUACCCCCCACCUUGGCAACCUGCUAGGAGGCUGUGUUCUCCAGGGCCCCUUCCUUCCUCCCGUUUCUUUCCCUCAGCCCCUGACCAGCCUCUUCUCCCCUUCUUUCAAUCCUGUUAUCAAUGACUUUUGUACUCGUGUGGCCCACACUGUCCCUCUGGCACCUGCACACAGUAGGAGCCCAAUAAAUGCUGACAGAA